AUGCUUCUGUUCAUCAAUAGCGCUAACUGCCAAGUGGCAGGUUUUGCUAUCGCCACGGUUGGAUGGAUCCUCACCACCACCUCCAUGGGCCUCGUGGAGUGGAGAGUGUGGCACAUGAACAACACCUCUCUCUUUCCCUCUGGCCCGGUCUGUGUGGGAAUGUGGAAAGUCUGCAUUUACCACCCUAUCAGCAACUAUAACAGAACCAAAUUGUGUCGCCAUUUCAGCUACCGUGAUACUUACCUCCCUCUUGAUAUUCAUGUUUCUCAAAAUCUCCUGCUGGUCGCCAGCAUUCUAGGCCUUUUGGGGAGAGCCUCCAUCAUCUUUGCACUUAGGAAUGCGUCCAUGGGACCCUCAAGCAUUGGGAACUAG